UCAAGAUCGAUGCACAAGGGCGGCUGGAAAACGAAAUAAAGCGCUCAACCUUAACAUUAAUCAAAAGAUAAUCCACGUGUAUCCGUCCUCGAAGAAGUAGUUUGCAUUUGGUUCUUGAAGAGGUCAGCACAAGAAAAAAUGUCGAACUCCGAGGCCGAGCGUUGGAAGAUCGAGGCAAAUGAGCACCUGAAGAAAAAUGAGCUCACCGAGGCGAUCCUAUGCAGGGCAACAGUUUUAUCUUAGUCUUUUAUACAGACGUGCAGGUGCAGCAGGAGAAGAGCCCAGCAGGACAAACUUCUGUAGAGAGUUUGUUCGGGAGGGCAAUGCGUGAAGAUUUCAUCAACCAUUGCAUUUCAGGAGCGAAAGCUUCGCAUAUAUUUUUGAAAUGAGGAAUGAAAUUGAUAUGACGGAAUGAAAUUGAUAUGACGAGGAUGACACCACCUGAGAUAUUGAAAAGUCGUGCGAAGACUCCUCACUGUUCCUGUUCAAGAAAACCGUUUGCGCAGGAUACGUUCAAAAAUACAACAAGGCCAUCACGCUAGACAACCAGAACCCGGUCUAUUACAGCAACCGUUCCGCCGCCUGGGUAUUCACUGCAAAAGUAUCGUAAUCGUAUAAAUGCAUUACAAAUCUCCGCAGCAUGAGAAAUAAAAUUUGUAAUGCGGAUUUAACUUAAAGAAAAGAUUUGUCAUGCAUGACUGCAACACGAGUACGAUACUUUUGCACAGGAUACUGGGCGGCACAGAGUAAGUUCGAAAACGCGCUGAAUGAUGCGGAAAAAUGCCUGCAGAUCGACCCGAAGUUCAUCAAGGGAUUUUCACGCAUAUCCGCAGGAAAUUUUACCGUACAUCUCCGCGGAAUCGAACCAGUAUCAAGCGGCGACCAUGCAUGACAAAGCAAAGCUGCUUCCUGUUGCCUAGUUUAGUUUUUCUGCAUGAUCGCAGUUCCUUGCAUGCUUAUGUUUUCGGUUUUUGCAAAUCAAAACCUGCGUUGCAAACAUGUGACACGGACGCCGUUGACGUUGUACUGAUAGCCGUACAAUGAAUUUAUUACGGUAAAUGUGUGUUGCAUAACGCAAAGGGCUCGCACUGUUUAAGCUUGGAAAAGUAAAGGAGGCGACGGAAGCCUACCGGGCGGGACUCAUCUAUGCAUUGCAAAAGCAUCAUGUUCAUGAUCGUACUAGUAUAAUAUUGAGACACAUGACAAAUUUUUCAAGAAGGAAAGCUUGAAUUUGUGAUGCAGAUUGAGGUAGAAAAUUAGAUCUGCCAUGUUGCAAGACUGGUCGUUAACAUUUUAAUUAAGUAUACGAGUGCGAUUACUUCUUUGCUUUUGCACAGGAUAUCAGCUUGGACCCAACCAAUGUCGCGCUACAGCAAUCCAUGGCGGCAAUCACGAGGUCACAGAAGGGCAGUAGCGGGGACGGAAUCCAGGGCUACUUGGCAAGCGUGGGACAGAAGCUGAUGAACUCAGGCGGUAUCAUGAUUUUUGGAUGUCAGCUACUUCCACAGCUUCCAUUCUGACCCUGAGCAAGUAGAGGGAGGCGAUGACAGACAAAUAACUUCCAGUUCCUUCUUUACCGUGUUGGUGCUUAUCAGCUGCUUCUUUAUCAUCAUUGUAGUUUCGCAUCCUGUUCAUGGCGCGCAUUUUCAAUCAUGAAACAAACCGCAUAAAAACAAGAAGUAUGUGACUAUUUACGGCCGCUUCACCACAAUGUCAGGUCUCGGCAAAGUGGUUAUGUAUGCAGUGGUUCUUUUUGGCUACUGGCUCUACAUGCGUUUUACCCGGUCCGGCAAGACCGACGGGGACAACGCGCUGCCCGAGAAGCCGAAAGACCCCACCGCGCUCCAGCAUGGCAUGGUGUCCCUCGCACGAGACAAGGCCGUCCACAUCGCGAAGCGUUCCGCGAUCGUCCCAGCAGUUGUUUCUCCGCCUGCUUCAUCUUCCCCCGGAGCUGCGCACCAGCACGCAAGCGAAGCGGAAGGCGAGGACACACAAGUGACCACGGACAGCAAGGCCGCCACGUCGGUGGUGCUGUUUUUCCACGCAACCGGCUUGUCUGGAGAGGAACACGCCCACGUGGUCGCGAAAUUCGAGAAAAGCUAUCCUGUGCAGAAGCAUCGUACUCGUAUAAAUGCAUUACAAAUUCCCUCAGCAUGAGCAAUAAGAUUUGUCCUGCGGAUUUACCUUAGGAAGAAAAUUUGUAAUGCAUGACUGCAAUUACUACGCUACGAGUACGAUACUUUUGCACAGGAUAAAAGCAACGUGCUCUUGAUAGACCUUCCCUGUCACGGGCGCAGCACGUGCUGGUUGUUAUGGAAAAGAAAAACCGUGUUACGUGUAGGAGGUGUCUUGUGGAGGUGACCACAGCAUGACAAAUUCGCUCUGUAUGACUCCUCUUCUUCAGAAAAAGCCUCUCAUGUGCAGCUUCUACGAGUACGACGCCAAAGCGCAUAUGACAUAAGAGGGCUUCCUGACUGGCCAGCAUAACAAGUGUUGCAUGCUUCGCAUGUUUAUACAAAGUUACACGACCACUAUGAUCUACAGUUUUUUUCUUGCAUAGCUGCCUUCGGGCGACGACUGGGAAGAGCUCGGAAAAAAAAUCGUCGGCGCAGAUGCAACCUUGUUUCCCGAGGGCGUGCCAAAGACGCUGGUAUUAUGUUUUUCUUUUUUUACAAAUUUUGUGGAGAUGUACUCAUCAAUUUGGUUUGAUUUUUGCUCACGCUAGCGGUCUUCUCACUGAACAAUAUUUAUGAUAUCGGUUGCCGCUGUCGCUCGUGCUACCUAGUAGCGCUCCACCUAAUAAGUACUACGCCGACAAGAACUUGGUGUCUUAGAACAUCAGUAUCAAUGCUGCUCUACCAGGUCUUGUCCGGCUAUUCGCCUUUCCUCACGCGUGGCAUGUUUGACGCUUUCAUGCCUGACUACGUGGUUUGGACAGGGCCAAACGAACUCUUUUCCAACAAGGACAUCAACACCGUCGAGGACCUAUCCUGUGCAAAAGUCUCGUACUCGUAUAAUUGCAGUCAUGCAUUACAAAUCUUUCUAUUACGGUCAAUCCGCAUUACAAGUUUUAUUUCUCAUGCUGAGGAAAUUUGUAAUGCAUUUAUACGUCGAGUGCGAUACUUUUGCAGUUCAUAGGACCUGAAAUCCAAACUUCUCAGCGACGAGUCGACCUCAAAGAAGCACAAUGAAGUAGGUCGCGAAAAAGCCUUCAACAAACUGCCAAUAGGAAUAUUGCGCGAUGCUACAAUGCACAUGGCGCAUGGUAAGUUUUGUCUUCGAGGAAGCGAUGUUUUUUUUUUUGGGACCAUGUCGUGUGUUGGGUGACGAAUGCUACUGAAUACGCAUGCUCAUAGUCUCGUUGCGCAUUCACUUAGUACCUGGAUUUAGAAGUAGCACGAGCUGCAAGUCAAGUUAUUUACGUUAGGUCGAACAGGGGACGGGUUGCGAGUCCCUGUGCGCAUGCAGCUUGUAUAUCGAAGUGCGCUACAUCAUGCCAAAAAUAAAUCUUAUCACAGACAAGCGUCCACAAUACACACUAGAGCGCAACGUGACCGAGCUGAUCCUUCAGGAGGUCAUCGUGUCUCCGACCCUUGUGUUGUCAAGUGAAAAACCGGAGUUAGACAAAGAGAAAUAUUAAACCGUAAUCCAUUCUUCUUCACCAUAGGGGCGAGAGGGAUCUAAGUACCUCGUGGUCGUCGUGUGGCUUGUGUCAUCUUGCUGCACUAGUAGAGGACUAGCACAACAUCGAGGAUCUUUUUCUUCUUUGUUGCACUUUUCUUCUACUUGCGCUUCCCUGCCUAUGAACUAGGUCAGGCUCAAGUAUGUAGGUGAUGGUGAAGGACACCGGUAUUAAAAGUUCUUUGUCCCUUUUCAUACACGAAGUUCACCAGUCUUAACAAGAAGAUCGAGGCGAAGCAGCACCCGUGGGAACUCGUAAAAUCUGAAAAAUGGUUGAGCACCGUGCAGUACCCACUGAAAGAAAAAAAAGGGCCGUACUCGUCGUACUUCUUGCAUUGUUGCAUGACAGAUUUCUCUUUCCGCACACUUUUCGUGCGGUUGCGGAGAAGGAAAGAUAUUAUUUUGUAUAUGCAAGAGCAUGUUGAGCAACUCCAAGUUUGCACGACAAGUAUAAUGCGCCAAGGUACUUUUUCGUUGCAUAUGCCACAGUGGCUCGAGGAACAGGCGGAUGCGGCGGGACAGCAUACUAUGGAGGUGUCGGCCUUGAAAUCGACAAAGUCGAACAAAUGAUUUGUGACGCACAAGAAAAUCAAAAUGUUGACCACAAUAAAUUUCUAAGCAGCGCAUGAAAAAUUAUCUCGAUGCCUUGCUCUGUUCGGUAUCGGUGCAAUAAACGGGGCUGCUCGUGGCACAUGCUCAUCUUUGGCACCACUCGCAUUCUUCCUCCUAAUUCGGCUUGUUGUUGGCACCUGGCAUCACUUGCCUGCUGUCCAAUACAAGCAUUCUGUGGGUGCAGCCAAGCACGCAUGUCAGAUCAUUUUAAUUUAUGAACAAAUUGGGCGAUUUCAUCGGGCCUGACGCUUCCAUACAAGAAACUCAGGAGGAAGCAGACCACGCACCAGCAGCGGAGCCCGCAACAGGAUCAAUGCCUGACGAGGACCUCCAAGCUGAUGACGGCAGUACGAAGGCCGGGGGCGGUGCGGACGAGUUUUAGUAAGGCCGUAAGCAAGCAGGAGUCGUCCCGCAUGAGAAAUAGUAAAUGGCUAUCUGAUGCGCUGCAUUUUUCUUCUUCCACCAGAAACAGAAAAAUUGCCAUACAGUUUUUGCUAGACCGAAACAAAGGUCUCAUGAUCCAUAGAAGGCGUAGGUGAAUCUGGAUGAAAC